AUGUGGACCGCAAAUGUAGACAUUCUCGAGACCGGUCCGCAUUCUCUGGACUUCCGCCUCAACGAAAAGAAAAUCUUGAGAGACUAUGUCUUGGUCAUCACGAUUGCGACCACUCCACGAGCGUCCAUCACCAGGAAGCUGUAUGCUGAGACGUCAGACUCUAGCCCGGAUGUCGUCGAAGAAGACUUCAAGAGUCAAGACCCGCCUUUGGCCGUCAAGACGAUCUACAAUGCUUUAGCCGAUGAAGAAGAGAUCUGUGACGAAAUCAUAAGAGAUCGACUCAACAGUCUCUUCGAGAUCGCAUCUGAGAUCCCUUCUAACGAGGCAUCUACACCUAUUGAGCACGCGACAUGCGCAGUUCAGAACGUCCAGAAUGCUCUCACUCCUGGAGAUGAACAACCAGAUUCCUCGAUGACAGGCGGGACUUAUCCGACCCUGUUGAACCCAGCCAGGACCGCGGUCUCCGGCGUAACAACACAGCCAGGAUAUAGUGUAGAGAAGACCACAGCUUCGAAGAAGGACAGAGUUUCAAUGAAACGCCUCUUCAAUACUUCGAAUAGGAGAGAGUACCACAUCGUCGUGCUAGGCGCCGGCGGUGUAGGGAAGAGCUGUCUGAUAGGGCAAUUCUUACAAAACGCCUGGAUCGACACCUACGAUCGCACAAUAGAAGACUCGUACAGGAAGCAAAUAGAGGUCGAUCUUGUUAGUGACGUGAUUCAGGGACGGCAAGUCAUCCUCGAGAUAUUAGACACGGCAGGCGAAGAGCAAUCCACGGCCAUGCGCGAACUUCAUAUAAAAUCCGGGCAAGGCUUCCUCCUCGUCUUCAACACCACGUCCCUCUCCUCCCUCGAUAAGCUCUCCAGUCUACACGAUCGAAUAGUUCGUAUCAAAAACGACCCUCUCACCCCACUGGUCGUCGUCGGCAACAAGUGCGACCUGAAGGAAGACCGCGCCGUUUCACGGGCCAAAGCCUUGGCGGUAGCUCAAUCCUGGAAUGCACCGUAUUAUGAAACGAGCGCAAGAGCGAGGACGAACGUCGAUGAAGCUUUUGUGGAUCUCUGCAGGCAGGUAAUCCGUAGGGAUGUAGCUGCCGAGCAGACUAGCGUAAUGGAGACUAAAGAUCGAAAAUGGAUGGGCAGGCUUCAUAGAGGGGCUAAGGAAAUGAAGAAAAAAGGGAGCUUGAGGAGUGGCUGUGUUAUUCUAUAA